UCUCCAUUCAGCACACAGUAAAAAAAAAUAUCUUCUCUCCGAUGGAUCGGUUUUCUCUCCUCUCCCUACUGAUACUCGCCUUAACGGCGGCGUGCGUCGUGCGCGCCGAUGAGGAUCCGUUGAUCCGGCAGGUCGUGUCGGACGGCGAGGACGAUGCUCUGCUCAACGCCGACCAUCACUUCACGCUGUUCAAGUCCAAGUACGGGAAGAGCUACGCGACGCAGGAGGAGCACGACUACAGGCUCUCCGUCUUCAAGGCUAACUUGCGCCGUGCUAAGCGCCACCAGCUGCUGGACCCCUCCGCCGUCCACGGCGUCACGAAGUUCUCCGAUCUCACUCCUAAGGAGUUUCGGCGGACCUUCCUCGGAAUCAGGAAAAGCAGCUCCGGCAAGCGGAAGCUCAAGCUCCCAGCCGAUGCUCAUGCGGCUGAGAUCCUCCCGACCAGCGAUCUCCCCUCCGACUUCGACUGGCGUGACUAUGGUGCCGUAACCGGCGUAAAGGAUCAGGGUUCAUGUGGAUCGUGCUGGUCGUUUAGUACCACGGGAGCGUUGGAAGGAGCAAAUUUUCUGGCGACCGGUGAGCUAGUGAGCCUCAGUGAGCAGCAGCUUGUGGACUGCGACCAUUUGUGUGAUCCUGAGGAAGCUGGUGCAUGUGAUUCAGGGUGUAAUGGUGGAUUGAUGACCACUGCGUAUGAGUAUGUACUCCAGUCAGGUGGUCUUGAGAAGGAAAAGGAUUAUCCCUACACUGGGAAGGAUGGCACUUGCAAGUUUGAUAAAAGCAAAAUCGCUGCUGCUGUUGCUAACUUCAGCGUAGUCUCCCUUGAUGAAGAUCAAAUUGCUGCGAAUCUGGUUAAACACGGUCCACUUUCAGUGGGAAUCAAUGCUGUUUUCAUGCAGACAUACAUCGGAGGAGUUUCCUGCCCAUACAUUUGUUCAAAGAGAAAUUUGGACCACGGGGUGCUCUUAGUGGGGUAUGGUGCCGCAGGCUACGCCCCUAUUAGGUUCAAGGACAAGCCAUACUGGAUCGUCAAGAAUUCUUGGGGAGAAAACUGGGGAGAGGAAGGAUAUUACAAGAUCUGCAGGGGCAAUAAUAUCUGUGGGAUAGAUUCCAUGGUUUCAACCGUGACUGCUGCUAGCACUAUUAAGCAGUAAAUCUCUAGGUGUAUCGUGUAAUAAGUUAUGGUUGCAUCUUAGAUGCUUUACUCAGUUUUUGUAAAUAUUCAAAGACAAAAAAUCUGCAUGUACUGUGUAUGAUUGAAUAUCUGUUUCUUGGCUCUCUAGACGCCACAGAACUGUGCCUAAGCGCUGUCUGCCACGUAGUAGGUUUUCUUUGGAAUGUAAUCCUCAUAAGUUAAUAUUAUCUCUAGUCUUGUGUAGUUGUGUUAUAUCUAUUAUUAAUGAUCUAUAAUUAUUGAAA